AUUUUUACGCGAAAAUGACUCUUUUCAACAAAUCAUAAAGAUAUUGGUACUUUAUAUUUUAUCUUUGGAAUUUGAUCAGGUAUAGUUGGAACUUCUUUAAGAUUAUUAAUUCGAGCUGAACUUGGUAAUCCUGGCUCUCUUAUUGGAGAUGAUCAUAUUUAUAAUACUAUUGUUACAGGUCAUGCUUUUAUUAUAAUUUUUUUUAUAGUAAUACCUAUUAUAAUUGGUGGAUUUGGAAAUUGACUAGUUCCAUUAAUAUUAGGAGCUCCUGAUAUAGCCUUCCCUCGACUAAACAAUAUAAGUUUCUGAUUAUUACCCCCCUCUCUCACUUUAUUAAUUUUUAGAAGAAUUGUAGAAAAUGGAUCAGGAACAGGAUGAACAGUUUAUCCUCCUUUAUCUUCUAAUAUUGCCCAUAGAGGAAGAUCUGUAGACUUAGCCAUUUUUUCUCUUCAUUUAGCUGGAAUUUCUUCCAUUUUAGGAGCUGUAAAUUUUAUUACGACAAUUAUUAAUAUAAAACUAAAUGGUUUAUCAUUUGAUCAAAUACCAUUAUUUAUUUGAUCUGUAAGAAUUACAGCACUAUUAUUACUUCUUUCAUUACCUGUUUUAGCUGGAGCUAUUACUAUACUUUUAACUGAUCGUAAUUUAAAUACAUCAUUUUUUGACCCUGCAGGGGGAGGAGACCCAAUUCUUUAUCAACAUUUAUUUUGAUUUUUUGGUCAUCCAGAAGUUUAUAUUUUAAUUUUACCUGGAUUCGGUAUAAUUUCCCAUAUUAUUUCUCAAGAAAGAGGUAAAAAAGAAACUUUUGGCUGUUUAGGUAUAAUUUAUGCUAUAUUAGCAAUUGGAUUAUUAGGAUUUGUUGUUUGAGCUCAUCAUAUAUUUACAGUUGGAAUAGAUAUUGAUACACGAGCUUAUUUCACCUCAGCUACUAUAAUCAUUGCAGUUCCUACAGGUAUUAAAAUUUUUAGUUGAUUAGCAACUCUUCAUGGUACUCAAAUUAAUUAUAGCCCUUCCAUACUUUGAAGAUUAGGUUUUGUAUUUUUAUUUACUGUAGGAGGAUUAACUGGAGUAAUUUUAGCUAACUCUUCUAUUGAUGUAAGACUUCAUGAUACUUAUUAUGUYGUUGCUCAUUUUCAUUAUGUUUUAUCUAUAGGAGCUGUAUUUGCCAUUAUAGCAGGAUUUAUUCACUGAUAUCCUUUAUUUACAGGUCUUUCUAUAAAUCCUUUCAUAUUAAAAAUUCAAUUUUUUUCAAUAUUUAUUGGAGUAAAUUUAACCUUUUUCCCCCAACAUUUCUUAGGACUUGCAGGAAUACCUCGACGRUAUUCUGAUUACCCUGAUGCUUAUACUUCUUGAAAUAUUAUUUCUACUCUAGGAUCUUAUAUUUCAUUAUUAGCUAUAUUAUUUUUAAUUAUCACUAUCUGAGAAUCUAUAAUUAAUCAACGAACAGUACUAUUCCCCCUUAACUUAUCUUCCUCAAUUGAAUGAUAUCAAAAUCUUCCCCCAGCUGAACAUUCAUAUAAUGAACUUCCUAUUUUAAGAAAUU